AUGGGUUGGGCCGAAUUCCGGGCGCCGGGAGGCUGCGGAGAAGAUCCGAGAGGGUGGCAGCUGGCAGCCGUUAGCGAGAGCUGAGAUGUUCCGGAUCGAGGGCCUUGCGCCGAAGCUGGACCCAGAGGAGAUGAAACGGAAGAUGCGCGAGGAUGUGAUCUCCUCCAUACGGAACUUCCUCAUCUAUGUGGCCCUGUUGAGAGUCACUCCUUUUAUCUUAAAGAAAUUGGACAGCAUAUGAAGAGUGGGUGUCACGUGUGAAUGCAUGGAGGGAAGAAAGUAGCUAAGUGCACAUAUGUUUGUGAUACCAAGAGACUGAAGACUACUUUUUAUGGGACAGUGUGGAAACAUAAUGAAGACUCCUGCUGGGUGUGAUACAGCAGUGGGAAUGUACGUGAUGCUCUUCUUCCCCAAAUUCAAAUUGCAUUGUCUCUGAUUAUCUGAGCUGACAGAAGAAAAACAAUAUAUAAAUUACUUGAAAUAAUAAAGAUAUUGCAAAAAAAAUGUUUAGAAAUGUGCUAGAUGAAAAUUAGAACCAGGAAAUGAUCUAAUGAAUUGCUCAUUUACCAUCAUUAGUAAAAUUCAGUAUCUAUAUAUUUUCGGUAUACUUUUGAAUAAAAUUUAAUAAGCUUUGUAUUGAACCUUCACAUCAAUUAUAGAAUUUCACUCAACUUUUGUAAUAACCAUUGUUUUCAUUGGUCACAAGUGUAAGACAUGGAUUCUUUAUUGAACAUAAAAAUAAAAGUGUAAGU